GCCAAUCACCUUCUCGAGGGCGGACCCAAUGAGUAGGCAGGGAAUCAAUGAAUUCGCGAGACAGGAAGUGGUGCUCGAGGAACAGGACAGCUGUCAACGCCGAGUUAACAAUCAGAGAAGCGAGCUGUGACCAGGAGCUGCCAUGAUCCACAGUCUGUUUUUAGUGAACUCGUCAGGGGACAUUUUUCUAGAGAAACACUGGAAAAGCGUGGUGAGCCGCUCCGUGUGUGAUUACUUCUUUGAAGCGCAAGAGCGGGCGUCAGAGCCAGAGAAUGUCCCACCCGUGAUCCCCACUCCACACCAUUACCUCAUCAGUGUGUACAGGCACAAGAUCUUUUUUGUGGCCGUCAUACAGAGCGAGGUGCCACCCCUGUUUGUUAUUGAGUUCCUGCACAGAGUCGUAGAUACUUUCCAGGACUAUUUCGGGGUUUGCUCGGAGGUUGCCAUUAAGGACAAUGUAGUUGUAGUUUAUGAGUUACUUGAAGAAAUGCUGGAUAAUGGCUUCCCACUGGCGACUGAGUCUAAUAUUCUAAAAGAGCUGAUCAAACCACCAACUAUCCUGCGCACCAUGGUCAACACUAUCACUGGCAGCACAAAUGUGGGGGACCAGCUACCCACAGGCCAGCUCUCUGUAGUGCCAUGGAGACGUACGGGUGUGAAGUACACGAACAAUGAAGCCUACUUUGAUGUAGUGGAAGAGAUUGAUGCCAUCAUUGACAAAUCAGGCUCCACAGUGACGGCAGAGAUCCAGGGAGUAAUUGAUGCUUGUGUUAAGCUGACAGGCAUGCCAGACCUCACCCUCUCAUUCAUGAAUCCCCGCCUUUUGGAUGACGUUAGUUUCCAUCCCUGUGUUCGCUUCAAGCGUUGGGAAGCUGAAAGAAUCCUGUCAUUCAUCCCACCUGAUGGCAAUUUCAGACUGCUUUCAUACCAUGUCAGCUCUCAGAAUCUUGUGGCAAUCCCUGUAUAUGUCAAACAUAACAUCAGCUUUCGAGAUGGCAGUUCAAUGGGGCGCUUUGAGAUCACCAUCGGACCAAAACAGACAAUGGGCAAAGCAGUGGAGGGUGUACUAGUCACCAGCCAGAUGCCCAGAGGUGUACUGAACAUGAAUCUGACAGCCUCUCAAGGAACAUUCACAUUUGAUCCUGUCACCAAGUUAUUAUCUUGGGAUGUUGGAAAAAUCAAUCCGCAGAAGCUACCCAGUUUGAAAGGAACCAUGAGCCUUCAGAGCGGUGCGUCAAAACCUGAUGAAAAUCCCACCAUCAACAUCCAGUUUAAAAUCCAACAGUUAGCUAUCUCUGGACUCAAGGUGAACAGACUUGACAUGUAUGGAGAGAAGUACAAGCCAUUCAAAGGAAUCAAGUACAUGACCAAGGCCGGGAAGUUCCAAGUCCGGACGUAAGACGUGCCGUGGAGGAAGACCAUGAGAGAGCGGGAGAGGGAGAGCGUGAUUGGACUCCUUCCUCAUCUGCAUGAUUCUCCCCACUAUGUAUGUGGCUCCCAGAGAGAGGAGGCAUUUGUUUGUGCGUAUGUCUGUGUGCGUGCACGCGUGUGUGUGCCGUGUGUGUUAGUGUCCCUGCCCUCCCUCCAGCUCAGAGAUGGUUUAUGAUGUCUUAGCUGGUGAAGCACUAAAAGGACGUUGUGAGCUUCUGGGCUCGGUGUGUUUUCUCCUUCCAUUUAGGAUCCGAUUGUGUUGUGAACGGCUAAUGGUCACUGAUCUCUCCCAGAUGCACGGCCGGUACCAAUUUCAGCUCAUACUGGAGAUUCUCUCGGGGUUCUGCAUCUUUUCAAUAAGUGAGACAUUCCACUUGUCAGAAAUUUUUAAUGCAAUGAAGGACUUAACCAUUCUUUGUGUUUCCUAUUAAAACAUAAAAUUUUGUGGAUUCCCAUCACUGCACUACCUGCUCGCACACCCUAUUUGCUGUUAUAUAAUAUUUCUUUUUAUU